UAGGGCUGAACAGCAGAGACUGGAGUUCUGUGGCAUCAGUAGCAGCGAUGGAGCCAGACAGUCAUUGAUAUGGGCUUACUAUACCCUGUAAUCAUCUCAAGAACAUCAUUUGAGGAUCAAGAUAACAUAGUGUUAUUAAAGGAGGGGGAUGGGCAUUGGAGUGUGCAGGGGGCUCAGUGUCCACCUAUAAAAAUCCCAGCACUGUGGACCUAAAGCAUUGCCAGCAUAUCCUAAAUGAAGAUGUAUCUCUGCCUCCUGACGCUGGUCCUGCUCCACGGUGCUGCUGCAUUUCUUAACAGGAAAUUCAGAACCAACUUCAAACCCGUCUCCAGCAGUGACUUCAAUAAUAUGGCUGCCUGCAAGAUGAAAGAAAGAAACAUCUGUGAGAAUCGGCCAUCAGGACUCCACCAAUACCAAGCAGUCUGUUGGCUGGAAUAUUCCAAUCGACAAACUCCCCUACAAAACAAGACAGAAACUCAUAUUACGGUACCUGAUGAAAAGGUUACAUAGAACCAACAGCACUGUUCAAAAUGUUACAGAAUCUGCACAGGACAGUGAGGCAUCCGGGGAAGAUAAAGAUCAAAAAAUAAUGGAUUGCUUUUAUGGAUGGCUGGUGACCCGAAAUUUUACGGGGAAGAUAAACGGAGAGAACCACUGUGUAUGUGAGGUCCUCCUACCAGACAGCUCUUUCCCAGCCAAGAGGGUGGGGGCCCUGGAGGAUGAAACCCUACGUCUGACCAACCGUGUUGAGGAUGAAAUGCAGAAGAUAGGAGAGCAGGACAUUAGACUGGACUCCUUUAUGGAAAAAGUCAUCAACCUAACCAAGAGAAUAGAAAAACUGGAGAAGCUGCGUCCUGAAGGCCUUAUAGAAAUAAACUUUGAUGUCCUUAAGAAGGAGAUAAAAGAGAUGGAGCUAGUUAUCCUGGAGCUGAGAGGCAAAGUCAAUGGAAGCAAUGCUCACGUGGAAAGUCUGUAUAAAGAGGUGAAGACCAUCUCUAAGACUGUUGGGCAACUGGAGACCCUGGACAAGAACAAUGUCCUCAAAGCCCAAAGAGAAAUGGAGAAUCUGAAAAAACGUCUUGCAGAUUGUGAGAAAAAUAUCAAAAUGAAAGGUCCACCCAUGGUACCACUUGGAUCUUGUCAGCACCAAGGCUUAUCAUCUAUCAGCAAACCAAACCUUCUGCAGCUUAACUGGAAGGGAGUCAUGUUUAAAUCUGGAGCAUGGGGUAAGGAUGCAGCAUGGAACACCACUAAGAAAUCAUUGUAUUGGGUUGCCCCUCUCAAUCCUGAUGGCAGAAUUAUGGAGUCCAUACGUGUCUACCCAUCAUUGAAUGACUUACUUCUUUACAAGAACUCUAUGGACCUGCCCCUCUCUGUGCUCAUCAAGAAUAAAUGGAAUCAUACCUUUGCUGGUCAGGGUGCAGGAGCCAUCGUCUAUAACAACAAUCUGUACUACAACUGCUACAAUAGUCGUGACAUGUGCAGGGUAAGCUUGAGCAAUGGGGUUUAUCAGAGAAAGCCUUUACCCAAUGCCGUAUUCAACAACCGAUACCCCUACUCUGGGGUUGCCUUCCAAGACAUGGACUUUGCUUCUGAUGAGAAGGGUCUCUGGGUGGUAUACUCCACAGAAGAAAGUGAUGGAAGACUUAUACUGGGUAAGAUCAAUGUUGCCACCCUGACAGUGGAUAAAGCCUGGUCCACCACACAGAUGAAGGUUGAGGCCACAAAUGCAUUCAUGAUGUGUGGAGUCCUGUAUGUCACUCGCUCUGUAAGCAAAAAGACUGAGGAGAUCUUCUACAUGUUUGACACCAAGACUGGAAAGGGAGGUCCGAUAAGCUUCAUGAUAGAAAAGAUAAAUGAAAAGGUGCAAAGUUUGAGCUAUAAUGCAAAUGAACGCAAGCUUUACAUGUAUAAUGAUGGCUAUCUGGUUCACUAUGAUGUGGCCUUUAAGCCUUGAGCUUCCAGUAUGCCUAUUGUCUCUCUUAAUAGAGCUCUUACAAUCCUGUCUGUAUUCCUGUUGACUAAAUGACCCUUGAUUGUAAUCCAUAUCCCUAAAAAUCAAGAUCUAUCAUGGCUUUUACAAUCCCUUCUCCACUUAUCUGUUAUAUAGGCACAAAAUAGUAAGAGCUUCAGGCCUUCAUUCAACAAAGUGGUCACCUAAGUUCUCUAUAGAUAUGUGUUACCACAUUCACACUUAAUAUAUACAUAAUCACAUAUACUACAUGCUCUUCUGUACCACGAGCAUACUGUCAGCAGCAUACAUACUGUCAGCAGUAUAAUAUACUUCCAUUACAUUACCCUUGUCUGUGUCUUGUUAUGUCUUUCUUCCCCAUAUUGUAUUGGGAGGAUUUUUGGGGACAAAUGCAAAGUGAACCACUUAGAUGUUUGUUAAUAAAAUGAUUUAUACGUGAAUAUGAAAUCAUAAACUUGUGGA